UCUGCGGAUGCUGCUGCUGCUGUGGACGCGGUAGAUACUACAGAGCUCAUUUCAGAGGAAAGAACUCUAAUUUUACCAUUUUAUUCAUAUCCCAUAUAUUUAUUUGGGUACAGGAGACUUUUAUUUCCUCACCAUGAACUCCCUAAACCAGCAGUAUGAGGAGAAGGUGCGUCCCUGCAUCGACCUCAUCGACUCUCUCCGCUCUCUGGGAGUUGAGAAGGACUUGGCUCUGCCUGCUAUCGCCGUGAUUGGAGACCAAAGCUCGGGGAAGAGCUCCGUGUUAGAGGCGCUGUCUGGGGUGGCUCUACCUAGAGGAAGUGGCAUCGUGACAAGAUGUCCUCUGGAGCUGAAGAUGAAGAGAAAGAAAGAAGGAGAGCCUUGGUUUGGAAGGAUAAGCUACCAAAGCCAUGAGGAAGAAUUAGAGGACCCAGCAGAUGUGGAGAAAAAGAUCAGAGAAGCUCAGGAUGAAAUGGCUGGUGUUGGGGUAGGGAUCAGCGAAGAGCUCAUCAGUCUGGAAAUUGCCUCUCCUGAUGUCCCAGACCUGACACUCAUUGAUCUGCCAGGCAUCGCCAGGGUGGCUGUAAAGGGACAGCCAGAGAACAUUGGAGAACAGAUCAAGAGUCUGAUUCGAAGGUUCAUCACGAAACAAGAAACCAUCAGCUUGGUGGUUGUUCCAAGCAACGUGGACAUAGCAACCACUGAGGCCCUGAAGAUGGCUCAGGAGGUGGAUCCUGAUGGAGAGAGGACUCUGGGUAUCUUGACCAAGCCUGAUCUUGUAGACAAAGGCACAGAGGAGACAGUGGUGGACAUUAUCCAUAAUGAUGUGAUCCACCUUCAGAAGGGCUACAUGAUUGUCAGGUGCAGGGGUCAGAAGGAGAUCACAGACAAGGUGUCUCUGACGGAAGCCAUAGAAAGAGAAAAAGCCUUCUUCAGAGAACAUGCACACUUCCAAACUCUCUACGAUGAGGGUCAUGCCACUGUUCCUAAACUGGCUGAGAAACUCACACUUGAGCUGGUGCAUCAUAUCGAGAAAUCUCUGCCUCGACUUGAAGAGCAGAUUGAGGAGAAGUUACAGCAGACCCGCGCUGAGCUGGAGAGAUACGGGAGUGGACCACCAUCUGAUGCUGCUGAGAGACUCGUCUACCUCAUUGAUAAAGUGACAGCGUUCACUCAGGAUGCCCUCAGUCUGACUACUGGAGAGGAGCUAAAGUGUGGGGAGCAACUCAACGUGUUUUCUACACUCAGGAGAGAGUUCGGGAAGUGGAAUACCCACCUGGAGAAAUCAGGAGAAAAGUUCAACAAGAAGAUUGAGAGAGAGGUGGAGGAAUAUGAAGAGCAGUAUCGAGGCAGAGAACUGCCAGGUUUCAUCAACUACAAGACCUUUGAGGUCAUGGUCAGGGAGCAGAUCAAACAACUGGAGGAGCCUGCUGUCAAGAGGCUCAAAGACAUAGGAGAUGCUGUGAGGAAGGUUUUCAUACAGCUGGCCAUGAGUAGCUUCUCUGGAUUUCCUAACCUCAUGAAAACAGCCAAGACAAAGAUUGAAGCUAUAAAACAAGAGAAAGAAACAACCGCUGAAUCCUUCCUGAGGACCCAGUUCAAGAUGGAGAUGCUUGUUUAUUCUCAGGACAGAACCUACAGCAACAGUCUGAGCGACAGAAAGAAAGAGGAGAAUGAAGAUGAAGAUGUCAUAUUACGUCAAUCUUCACUUGUGUACAGUGAGGAUAAUCAUGCAACUCUUGAGGAGCUAAUGUUACACCUUAAAUCCUAUUACAAAAUUGCAAGCCAGCGUCUGGCUGACCAGAUCCCUAUGGUGAUUCGUUACCAGAUGUUGCAGGAGUCUGCUGUCCAGCUGCAGAGGGAGAUGCUGCAGGUGCUUCAGGAGAAGGAGAAUGUGGAUAUCCUGUUAAAGGAGGAUUUUGAUGUUGGCAGUAAGAGAGCCAAUUUGCAGAGCCGUCUGAAACGCCUCAUGAAAGCCCGCACAUACCUGGUGGAGUUUUAAAUCCUUAACCUCCUUUACCCCAACAAUUUGCUGUAUGUCUUUAGUUUGUCAGCGCAGUAUAAUUCAGUGUUCAAAGGAAUGUAAAACUAUUAUAUUUUUACCAUGUCCUCUUUGUGAUGGACAGAUUUUCUAGUCAGACUGUAACAGCCACAUCCCCUCCUGUGUGUCACUGACUUCUCUCAUCCGUGAGUGUGUAUGUGUUCCUGAGUUUAUCCUCCAGGCUGACUCCUUCCACCUGUGCUGCUGGUGAAGCUGGAAACUGUGCAGCUGCAGUCAACUAUCAGCCAAUCAGAGAAUGGCAGCAGUUAACUCCGCACUUUAAAAAGCCUGGACUGCCAACAUUUGCAUGUUGCUUUAUUUUGUACAGCUUGCCAUUGUGCCUCUUGUUAUCUGUAUUAAAUUCCUGUGUAAUGUCA